AUGUCUUCGACUGACCCCAGAAAAUCCCUUGAGGGUCUUGGCGUCGACGAAGAGGUCGAGGCUCUGGAGGGUUACGUCGUUGAUCCCAGUCAUUAUGCAAGCAAUGCAGCCAGACUCAAGACUACCUCCGAUGGCCGUUUCGUUCUCAUUCCCCAGCCGCUGGAUUCCCCCUCCGACCCGUUGAACUGGUCCGAACGCAAGAAGCUAUGGAUCGUGGCUGUUAUUGCUUUCAUCGCUCUGUUGGCGGACUACACUGGUGGAACAGCCAUCAUUACUGUUCUGCCGCAGUCGGUGCAAUGGGGUCUCACCCAGGCGACCGUUCAAAAGGCCGUUGUGGGGAACCUUUUUACGAUUGGCGCGUGUGGCUUAUUUGUCGUUCCACUUACGAGCUACUUUGGUCGUUGGCCAGUGCUACUGGUUUUCCAAUGCUUUAUGCUCGGAACGUGUGCAUGGUCUGCUGCCGCCACCAGUUUCCCGUCUUAUCUCGCUGCACGUAUCAUCAAUGGCUUUUUUUGCAGUGUCGGCCAGGGAGGUGCGUUGAUGUGGAUCAAGGAUUUGUUCUUCUUCCAUCAGUAUCCACAGAUCAUCAACUAUGUGGAGUUUUCGAUCAUCCUCAGUCCAUAUUUGGGUCCCUUGAUCGCCUGUUUCAUCGUUUCGGCAGUGAGCUGGCGAUGGGCUUUUUGGGUUUGCACGAUCCUUUCAGGCAUUAGUCUGGCUCUUGUGUUUUCUCUUGAUGAGACGCUGUUUGAUCGAAAGGCGCCGCCUAGUUCUCGUGGUUCUUAUCUUUCUCGUCUUGUCGGCGUUCAAGAGGCUCGAGCUUCACGACACAAAAGCUUCAUUGGGUGCAUGUCCCUCCCAGUGGUGGCUAUUACCAAGAUACCUGUGCUGACGAUCUUGAUCUACUAUUUCCUCAAUUUCGCCUGGGUUAUCGGAGUAAACACGACCCUUAGCAUUUGGCUGAGCAACAAGUAUGGGUUUUCAAUUCAAAGCAUCGGCUAUUUUUACUUUUUCGGCAUAGUCGGUGUUCUUGUCGGCUGGUUCAGCGGCCACUUUCUUCACGAUGCAGUUGCGCGAUACUAUGCCAAAAGACACGCCGGCCGUUUUCAUCCAGAAGCCCGACUGCUUCUCACAUACCCAGCCACUUUACUUUGCGCCGUGAGUCUAGUAUUGCUCGGGCUCGCCCUUGAAAAACACUGGCACUACAUGGUAAUUGCCGUUUUUGCUGCAAGCCAAUGUGUCGGUGUCAUGAUCGUCACUACUGCCAUCAAUGCUUAUCUGCUUGAUUGCUAUCCCGAAGGUUCGGGAGAGGUCGGUGCAUGGGUUACAGCGAGUCGCAACUGGGCGGGGUUCAUGGCGACAUUUAUCCAGAUUGAAUGGGUGGAUCGUCUUGGACCUGCGAAGACGUUAGGUAUCCAGGCCGGCAUCACUGUUGCAUCGCUGUUUUUGAUCGCGUUCUUGCAGACUCAUGGAAAGCGGCUGAGACAGUGGCAGGGAAAAAUGAUCUUUAAGAAAUUUUGA